UGCAUGUGCGCCGCUACAUGUAGCGCAAUGUUUCUUUUUCUUCACUUCAGUCCAGAGUUCAGUCCUGAUUUCUUGCUGCGGGAAUCAUAAUCAUGUCGUAUUAGAUCGGCGUUGUUGUUGCAGCUUUAGCUUAGGUUGUUCUCUUGCUACAGGUCGCCUCACGCAGGCCCUUCCACGGCCGAAGCAGCGGCUGAAUGGUUAUGUACCAGUUUCAGACUUCCUUGUUGAGACUGGGGCUAGUGUCAACUUCGAGCUAGACUGGUUGGUUAUGCGUGUGUGUGCCUGAAUGCUUGCUCGGAUUUCCGGUGAUUCGGCUGCGUGAUUUUGUUCUGGCAAGAAGAGUUUCUUCAAUUGCGUAUCUGAGUAUCUUGCUGUUGGAAUGGCGUUUGUGGAGAGCAUUCGGAAAAGCUUUUCUCGUCAUCGGCGGAGGGAUGUUGCCCAGUCCGAGGCAGCAGAGGCUAGCGGCGCGGACCAGCGCCCAAGCGCCGACUCAAUCACUUGUGUGGUAGCGAUGUUGGACGAGUCGGAAGCGUCGUUUGAGAUAGAAAAAUCCUCUACAGUCAAUGACCUUCUGAGCGACGUGUCCAACUUCCUCUCGUUGAGAGAGAUGGACUACUUUGGGUUCUCGUAUGAAGAUGACAGUGGCCUUCUGUGCUGGCUUCAUGACUACAAAUCCAUUGCCAAGCAAAUGCCAGGCGCGCCACCUUACAGGUUUACGUUUGGUGUCAGGUUUUACAUGUCCAAUCCAUCACAGUUACGAGAAGAUGUCACCAGAUACCAGUUCUGCUUGCAAGUCCGAAGUGACCUGUACAAAGGAAGGGUGGCAGCCAAAUCUGAGCUUGGUGACUUUGACGGCUCGAUUCACGUGGGUGGCUAUGAACGGAACUUUGAACUUGUUCCCAACCAGGAGGACCUAAACGUCUAUGAGAAAAUCGUGGAGCUACACAAGGAGCAAGAGUAAGUAUUGAUCGUAUCAUCGUCGUUCCUGCUACACUCAGCAAGAGCCAUCAGUCACCGGCGGUCCAGCAUAGGUUAUGUCUUUGAAGUAAAAAUAGUACCUGCCUCCAGACACACCACACGCACA